AUGGCCAUUGUGUAUUGCUUGUUGAGGCGGCUUUACGAGACGAGUCUUCUUUUGAUCAUCGUUCAAUUGGUGUUCACCGAGGCUUUCCCACAAAGGAUAGCAAUUGUGACCAUACAAAAGGAAAACUCGCAAGAGGUCCAACUGAUGGAGCGGAUCGAGCAAGAGAUGGAAAGGCGACAAAUGUAUGAAGAAUUACGCAAUCUUCACGCAUCUCAAUCCUCAUCAAAUCUCCCCUCACAUCAACCACAUCAUUUCCGAAAAUCGAAGCGCAACAAACGAGUCAUGGAAGAAUUUGACCCGCGUAAACAGCAAGAGGAAUCGGCAAAAAGAUUCGGUCGGAUUGGAGGUUCGAUAAUCAUGGGCAAGAGGAGA